AUGGAAGGAGUAAUUGACUCGAAGGAUGCCAAACAGGCACUGGAUCUGGCUAACAUUCGUUUCCAACUGAUCCGCCUCGAAGACACAAUCAUAUUCCACCUCAUCGAGCGCGUCCAAUUCCCUUUAAACAAAACAAUCUACGUUCCCGGCGGUGUCGCAAUUCCCGGGUCCAAACUUUCGCUCUUUGACUGGAUGCUGCGUGAGCAGGAGCGCCUGCAAUCACUCGUGCGCCGCUACCAAUCGCCCGAUGAAUAUCCUUUCUUCCCAGACGCGCUUCAAGAGCCCAUCCUGAAGCCGCUCAACUACCCGAAGAUUCUGCAUGAAAACGAUGUCAACGUGAACGACAAGCUGAAGCAGAUUUACAUCGAGCACAUCCUUCCCCCGGCAUGCCGGCAAUCCGACCGCGGCGACAGAGGAGAGAGCCAGGAGAACUAUGGGUCUGCUGCGACGUGCGAUGUGCUGUUGAUCCAGGCUUUGUCAAGACGCAUACAUUAUGGGAAGUUCGUGGCGGAAGCAAAAUUUGUCAAGGACCCGGAGCGCUUUGUGAAGCUUAUCAAGGCUGGGGAUACGAACGGUAUCGACGAGGCUAUUACUGUUGCGGCGGUGGAGGAGCAGGUACUAGAAAGGCUCAGGCUAAAGGCGGAGACGUACGGCACAGAACCUUAUUCAUCUAUCGCCAGUGCUCCCGCGAAGGUCAACGCAGACGCCGUGAAGGCAAUGUACAAGGAUUGGGUCAUCCCGCUGACCAAGGAGGUUGAGGUUGACUAUCUGAUGCAGCGACUGAAAGGAACGGAAUGGGAGUAG